CUCUCGAACCCUCACUGUUCUCUUGAGCUCCUCUGUUUCACUCUUCCCUUCAUCCCACAUGCACUUCUCUCACUCUCCUCCUCCUUAUGCUGUCUCUCUCUAUCUCUUUCUGUCUGUCUGUCUCUUUAAUUCUCUCUCCCGUCGCUUAUGAACACAGGAAUACUCUGACUCUAUGCUGGAGAUGAGUUUAAGUGGGCAUCUGGAGAGCCUCCUGUUUCCGCCUCCUCGUGUUGCUUUACUACCAUGAGCAGUUCCACUCCAUCCACAGCUAAUGGCACUGACAGUAAAACAUAUAAAGGAGAACGAUCUCCUUGUGACCCCUCCCGUGUCCUCCAUAUCCGCAGAGUUCCCAUCGAAGUGUCCGAGGCAGAGGUCGUCUCACUAGGAGUUCCUUUCGGCAAAGUCACCAACCUGUUGUUGCUUAAAGGGAAAAACCAAGCUUUUAUAGAAAUGGCUUCUGAAGAAGCAGCUAUCACCAUGGUCAACUACUACACCACAGCCACACCCCAUGUCCGCAACCAGCCCGUCUACAUCCAGUAUUCCAACCACCGUGAGCUCAAGACUGAUAAUCUGCCCAAUCAGGGGAGGGCUCAGGCUGCUUUGCAAGCUGUCAAUGCAAUGCAUUCUGGGAAUAUGACUCUCUCUGGGACUGCGACAGCCAGUGAUGGUGGAUUGAUGCCGGGACAGAGUCCUGUGCUUCGUUUAAUAGUAGAGAAUCUCUACUACCCAGUGUCUCUAGAAGUGCUACACCAGAUCUUCUCAAAAUUUGGAACGGUCCUGAAGAUCAUUACCUUCACCAAGAACAACCAGUUCCAGGCCUUGCUUCAAUAUGCAGAUCCAAUGAACGCACAUCACGCCAAAGUGGCUUUGGAUGGGCAGAACAUCUACAACGGCUGCUGCACUCUGCGUGUUGAAUUCUCCAAGCUGACCAGUCUGAAUGUGAAAUACAACAACGACAAGAGCAGGGACUUCACACGUCUAGACCUGCCCUCAGGGGACGGACAGCCCACGCUGGACCCCUCCAUGCAGACCGCUUUUGGGGCUCCCGGGAUAAUUUCCUCUCCUUACCCCGGGGCGGCUGGUUUCGCCCCUGCUAUCGGUUUCCAUCAGGCAGGCUUGUCUAUGCAGAUGCCUGGUGCUCUGGGACCUCUCACCAUCCCUUCAUCAGCAAUGACAGGACGGAUGACCAUUCACGGCAUGGCCCCCACCGCCAUCCACUCUGUGCUCCUCGUCUCCAACCUCAACCCCGAAAGCAUUUCUCCACACGGGCUCUUCAUUUUAUUCGGAGUGUAUGGAGAUGUUCACAGAGUCAAGAUUCUGUUCAACAAGAAAGAGAAUGCCUUAAUACAGAUGGCAGACGCCACGCAAGCCCAGCUCGCCAUGAGCCAUUUGAACGGUCAGCGUCUUCAUGGUAAGGUGAUCCGUGUGACCAUCUCGAAGCACCAGACGGUGCAGCUCCCCAGGGAGGGUCAGGAGGACCAGGGCCUGACCAAAGACUUCAGUGGGAGCCCGCUGCACCGCUUCAAAAAGCCCGGCUCCAAGAACUUCCAGAACAUCUUCCCUCCCUCCGCCACCCUGCACCUCUCAAACAUCCCUCCCUCCACUACGGAUGAUUUUCUGAAAGACCUGUUUGCCAGUUCUGGAUACACAGUCAAGGCCUUCAAGUUUUUCCAGAAGGACCGCAAGAUGGCGCUGAUCCAGCUGGGUUCGGUGGAAGAAGCCAUCCAGGCUCUUAUUGACCUCCACAACCACGACCUGGGAGAAAACCACCAUCUGCGAGUGUCCUUCUCCAAAUCCACCAUCUAGCAGCGCCUUCACUACAAACACACCCUUUCCCCAUCCUCCCCGUUCCAGCCCUUCAACCUUCAGCAGUCUGACUGUUUCGUUCAGAGAAAAAGACUGGCUGACAAACUCAACAAAAAAAAAAACAUUACAGAUAUUCCUGGGGUAGUUUUAGAGAUUUCCAAAAAGAAAAAAAAGAAAGAAAAAAAGCAAAUAAGAGACUACUGCAGAACCUUUAGACAGUCUUGAGAGUGAGUUUGUUUUACUCGCACAAAACCAGGGCUGGAGACACAUGGGAUAUCCAUGACAAUGUGACGUUUCUGGGAACCUCCGUGUGGAGGAAGAAGGACUCCCUCUUUAGUCGACUGGCGAGGACUUUGUUGAUGUGAAACGCGAACUUAGACGAUGUGAACAUUCUCAAAAAAGUCAAUAUUGAGGAGGAAGUUUCUUCACCGCACAUUUGCCGAUUACAUUGGAGACUGACGCUCCUGUAGCCCAAUGGCCUUGAUACCCCAGACCUAAGUGAGGGCAGAGUCUCCUCUGUGCCUCCCCCAAAAAACCAACACCUUCAUUCUCAUUGGCUGUUUCAACGGAGCGCCCCAUUUCCCGUGGGAUGUGUUGAACACACGGUCACUGUUUGAAUGUCACUGACGUCAUCAUCAAGGUGCUGCUGGAAAAAAUCAAAUCUGUAGCGACGGCCUCGACCAAUGGGCUUGUCCUUUUUCUUCAGAGUAGCAUUAAAACAAGAGUGCUAUGGAUUCAAGAAUGAGUGCAUUUAAAAUUUGCAGCUGUUUCGGCUUACAAACCUUUUGUUUCUCGGCACUUUGAUCGCUUUGAGUUGAAGACAGGCACCGUGGGGAAUGUUUGGCAUCCUCAUAUCUGUUUACUGUGCAAAGAUGUAUAGCCAGAUGGUAGAUAGUGAAUGGCGUGAUUUGUUUUUUUCUUGUUUAAUGAAAAUUUUAUAUUGGACAGACCGGCCUUUCGUGGGCUCUCUGCACCUGCAAUGCUGUCAAGAACUUGUUUGUGCAAUGGCGCGAUGUCAUUGUCCAGUCGAUCGGGUUCCUCUGAACCGGGGCGAACAUUUUCAAACAUUCUCGAUCAUUCCGGAAAACUUACGGCCAGCUGUCAACUUUACUGGAACGCUCCAAUCAGCAACGCCCAGCCUGAUAAUAGGCUCCGCCUCCUAAGUGAAAUUCCCAAUGUGAAUGGUAUAGCCCGUGAUCUCGAUGGGAAAUUGAUGAUUUCCUCCAUUCUGUUCCCCUUCUUGCUCUCAGUUGAGUCUUUUCCUUUCGUUCUUCAUGUUUUCCAUCUUUCCACACGGGCAGAAGGUUCUGUGCUCGUUACUCAGUUUUUUCACUCCUCUGCUCUGGUCACAGGUGUGAGAGUUUGAAGCCAUGGGCUCUGUAGAAACUGUAGUGAAGCCCAUUGAGUCACAGCAAAAAAAAGAGGGCGGCACUCUCUUUUGCCUUGCAGUCCCACACUAAAUGCCUCUGCAUCUGACCAAACCAAAUAUUUAAGCAAAGAAUCUGAAUGAUAUGGAGAUGCCAACUAGUUUCCAAAACCUAGCGAGUUCCUGCAUAGGCAGCUGCCUUCUAAUGCUGCAUAUUAAUUGCCAUGAAAGGCCACAAGGGACUAAUCUGAACUGACUGAUCUUCACAGGAAACCCGCCUCCAAUAGAGUCCAGGCCAGAAGUUUGCUUCGAGAGGUGGAGACGAUAAACUGAGUCUGGAUCAUUGGGAAGCUGAUAAUGCAGUAGAAAAUAAAAAGAACCCAUAGUUAUCUACGUUAGAUGUGGCACUAUUUCUGAUGUAAUCUGUGCUUUUGCACAACUUCUGACAAAAAGACUAAUGGACAAAUUUGGCUUUAUUUACUAUAGACAGUCUAGAAAUGUCGCAAUGCACUGCGACAAAUAUCACACACUAUGUAAAUGUAAAAAUACAUAGAAAGUGCUCAAUAUUUACUUGUGCUUUAUGUUUAUACACCGGUAUUGCAACAUUAGCUUAGCUACAUGCUAAUGUCAAACUCCUGAAUCGGUUGAUUUGGUUAAUUUUAGAGUAUUCGGCCUCAUACGAAACAUCAACACUGCAGUCAAAAUAAUACAUUUUUAAUCAAACAAUUUUUGUUUUCUGUAUUCAGGAAGUUUAUUCCUAAUCGACAUUUGCCUUGAUUCGCCCGCAAUAUUGAAUGAGCUUCCCAGUGCUUUCUGGGAAUGCCUUAUCCACAAAAGAUACAUGCAAUGCUGCCUUAGAUUUUGGCCAAAAUUAGAUAUCUUAGAAGGCUGGAACAGCCUUUGUGCUGGGAGCAUGCUUGUGAUGCCUUAAAAUGCUGUCUAAGUAGAUAGCUCACUGGGUUUUGGAACAUGGCAAUGGUGUGCACAUACAGAAGCUGAUUCUAUAUGUAAGCGCUUAGUUAGUACUAGUGUAUUAUUACCUGUUUUAUCAGGAUUCUUUCAUAUAUGAUGAUAUAUGAUGACUCCCUUGUGCGUACGAGCAAGGCACUGUCUCAUUUAGUGAAAAAUUGGCCUUAACAUUCCAAGGAAGGUCACCGAAGACCUGUUGAGUAGCAACUAAAGGGAGCAGCUUCUGUGCAUGUGCACUAAAUCCUCUUUUAAUGUCCGUUUGAGUCACAGUUAUGAAAUAAAUCAAGAAUGUUCAUGCAAGGCAAGGGACAGUGACUUUUUUUUGUCUUUGACUGAUGUCACCUGAAGCGAUUCGAAAGUUCGCUUUCACUUCUCAAAAGAAAUUGAAUUUUGUUGAAGUUUACAGUUUCAAAGCAAAACUAUUCAGGUCUAUAUAUCUUAAGGAUUGUCAAGAUUUUUUGAGAAAAAAAAAAGUUACUUAUUUUUGGUAAUUUGUUCUUUUUUAUGGAAGAGUAAAAAAAAAAAUCAAAUUUGAAACCUCAUCGGGUUUUUGUACCACUAUAAUCAUUCAAGAAAUCAUGGUGAAAAGUGAAAAAAAAACAAAAAAAAAAACAUUUACUGUGUAUUUACCUAAUUUCUUAUUACGUGCCUUAUUAUGUGUUCAUAAUCAAAUAGGUUUUAGAAAUUUUACCUAAAAUAUCGUAUGUACUAUUUUGUGGGAUUGGUGAGAGGGUUGAUUUAUUUUGAUCUUGAUUAAUUUUUUUUUUUUUUUUUUUUUUUUUUUUGUGUAGCUCUUAUAGAUGUGCAUUUUGUGGGGACUCAGUACCAUGUGGUCUUAAUAUGAUAUGAGAUGUAAGUUAUGAUGUAUGGUGCUGUGAAUGCUCUCAUUAGAAAAAUGAACGGUGAACUCAGCGAUGUUCAGAGCAUGCUGUGGGUCUCUAUUCUCCCUUGCUUUGUGUGUGUGUGUGUGUGUGUGCGUGCACGCGUGUUUGUGUGUGUGUGUGCGUGCGUGUGUGUACAUAUGUAUGCUAUAUCCGCGUACUAUUGUUACAUAAUUUUACAAAAAAAAAUUCCUCAAUCUCUGAUAUAAAUAUUUCACACUCAAAGACAGAGGUUGCUGUAAGCUUGCAUAUUGUUCUGAUUAAAUUGUAUGAAUUUGAGCUGUUAUGAGCACAUCUGUGAAGAUUUUAUUUUCUAUGUGAUCAUACUUUUUUUGCCAGAAUAAUGCUUAAAUGGGCAAAAAAAACAAACAUUAAAAGUAUCCACCCAAGUUAUUUCUAGAGAAGUGGUCGACCGAUAUAUCGGCCGAUAUUUGGCCUUUUUAUUUUUGUUUACCCGAUAUUUCAGACUUUUAUUUUGACGGCGUAUGGGACAUUUAUUCUUACAGCGCUGAGAACGUCAGUGCCUAAACGCACACAGCUCCUGUUCUCCAUCUUCGUUAGUUUACCGUCUCUGUUCAACAUUUCUGACUAAUAAAUUAUGACACAGUAGCAUACUAAACAGUAUUAUAGUGUUUGCUUUUCUAUUAUUGGUAACAGAAAAGCAAACACUAUAAUACUUCCUCAUCAAACAUCAGCAAAUACACAUUUAAUUUAAACUAAAGUCUUUUGAGUAUGCAGUACAUUUUACUAACCUUGCAAAAUGUAUUGCAUUCAGCUGUUAGAUCUUUUGAAUUCAAUUUGCAUUUGUUGACUGCAUAAAAAAAUUACCAUCUAAUUAAAAGUAUUUUUUUUACAGAUUUAAAUUUUUUUCAUAUUUAUUAUUUUUCAAAUUCAGUAAAUUUUAUGUAAAAUAAAUAUAAAUUAAAUUUUAGCAAUUGUUAUGCAUGUGUUUUUACAAUCUUUAAAUGAAAUAGUGUGGUGAUAUAUCGGCUUUAUAUCGGCCAUCAAAAAAAUCUAUAUGGGUCGACCACUAAUCUUGAGACUUGGAGGUGGGCUCUUUUUACUUUGGGCCAGUAAGUAACCACCUAGCAACCACCAGAUCACCCUAGUAACCGCAUAGCAACACAUUAAAAUCACUCUGAACAUCUCAGCAACCAUAUAGCAACAUUCUGGCAACCUCCCAUAAACCAUAAUGCAAUGCCGGUGAGUUUUUCCACAGGAAGGACCACUCAGAAAUCAAUAUCUGCCAGUGUGGACUAUAUCAUACAGUGUGAUCUGCUUGAUAUCAUCUCUGUUCUGUUUUUCUAAUAUGAUUACGAAACUCCUAAUACAUACGAUCAGUCUAAAUUUGUCUCGAAACGAACGCACAGAGACCCAGAAGCCCACAGCAUUCGCUCUAAGUGUUCAGGUCUGCCUUCAUCAUUUUGCUAUGGAGUGAUGCUGAUGUCUGAGACCUCCGCCUGUGUGUUUUGGAGUUGUGUCUUAUUUACUGUAUCUUGUUAUUGAUUUAUUUUAGGGUUUUGGCCUGUUUCGUUCUCGCUCUGUUGUGAUACUUUUUGUUCUUUUUUGGGGGGGUUUGUUGAUUUUCUUUAUUAAGAGUGUGAAAACUGGUUCAAGAUUGUUGUCUGUCACUCUGCCUCUUCACAAAAGCAGAUCUGGGUCUGUAACGUCCACCGAUGUGUGUGAACGGGGACGAGAGCGAUCGCUAGAGGUCAGGUCCGUCAGAAGCGCUCGGAAGCCGAAAUAUACAGUUGCGCAAGCAGAAAGUCGAUCUGCUUCCAGCUGCGAUGCUUUUUAUUUAUCAACAGGAGAAAAGCCAGACUCCAUAAACGUGUCACUGAAAUCACAAGAAGUCAUUCGUUUUUGUUUCUCGAAGCGUAACAUUUUCCAACCACGUCUUGACUCAGGCAACAACUUUCUGCUGUGUUGUAAGACAUUUUCUCGUCGAUAUCCGCGCUCACUCGAACAGUUACACACGUGUAUGGUUUUCUCCAGGUUUUUUACUGAAAAAGUCACAAAUAAUGCAGGACCAAAGUUUAUGUGCCUUUCAUCUAGCUUAUUUGUAACUUAUUUCCUGGCUGUAUAUCAGAAACCAACAAACGUCUUGUAUUUUCCACUCUCGAUCAUGUCUAUUCUGUUAGUUUCCCUCAGAAAGGUCAAGCCAUAUCCUUUCCCCCGUCAAACGAAACUCAUUUGCGAUUCUGAAUGUGUUACCAGGCCCUUAUGGAUUCAUUCGAACCGCCUUUCGCUUUCAGUAUUUCACGAACUGCUCCGGAUAGACACCACGAUCUGUAAAACCGAUAAGCAGUCACACUUUUUACUGAUAUCGUCAUUGAUUCCAUUAAAAAGCUUUACUCCGAAACAUACGAGAUCCUAACGACAAACCAACCACUGAAACCAAAGGACUUGAUUAAAUUGGAACUGAAGCAGCACUGUUCAGACUGAAAUAUUUUAUCGCUUUAUUACGAUGCAAUUGACCCUUACGAUCUAAACUUUAAAUUUCAGACAUAAUGCUUUCUAUUUUCUUCUCAUUACUAAAUUUAUGGGCUUUAAUUAUGCUAAUUAAACGGUCUAAUUUGCAUUAAAGGGAGGGGCUAGACUAAGUCAGUGUACUGAGGUGUCGCUCAAGCACAGCGCACAUACAGAAGUGCCCGAGUUGAUCUCAGGAUGCUUCGACACGCAAUGAUACACCUAAUUUAUAGUUUUUAUGAAUGUUUCACUACCAAAAGGAAACAAAUGCUGUACAUGUGUGUUCCCUUAUUGUUUUAUUUUAUUUAAUUUUUUAACCUGGCCAAAAAAUGGUUUCGGGGAACAAGAUACACACACACACACCAAUAUGAACUGGUUUUUAUAUUUAUGGAAGUUAACAUUAAAACACAAUUUGUCUUCUGUAUUUUGAUAUCAUACCAGUACCAGCUUUCAUUUGUAAAGCCGUUUAUGUGACUUGUGGGAAUUGGGGAGAGACAUGAGCGUAUCCAGUUUAUGAGUUUGAUGUAAUAAAUGCAAAUAGAAGAAACUAUUAAAGAAACAUAUUUUCUAAUUUUUGCAGUGCAUGAUUGAGUGGAGAUUUUCUUUUGUAUUUGUUUUUUUUUUGUAGAAAGCUUUUCUUUUUCUGUUUUGAAUGGCUUAUUAUUAUGCAUACUCAUUAUUAGAGUUAUUAUUCUUAUUAUUACCUACCCUGCUGACGUUUUUCCUAAUCAACUUUAAUUGUAGCAUGCCUUGAAUAAAUGUCAUGACAUCUGUACUUUCCUA